AAAUCCUCGUCGUAAGGUCGACGCCCCUUUUUCAGUUAUAUAAAUAAGAACUGGACAUUUACGACAUGCAAAUCGCCGCACUGGAUCACGCUUGUUGCAUAUUAUCUCGUUUAACCAACUCACAACAUGGAACUUAAUGCACUUGAAAACGGGCCAGCGUUCCUUCAGCUGCCUGUCGAAUUGUUCUUGGAGAUCUGGGAAUAUUUAAGCGUGGAUGACAUUUUGGCCUUGCGCCUGGUUUGCCGUCGAAUCGAAACUGUGCUAUUUGACUCCUUCUGCAAAGAGUUCUUCACCGAACGACGAUUUUCGGUCACUUUCAAUAGCUUGAAAACCCUCGUUGAAAUAACGCAAUGCCCACGGUUAGGGCAUCAUCUCACGAGCAUCACUAUCGGGCUUGAUCGCCUUCAUACAAUUGACGCCUUACCUCGCUUCGCCGACAGCUGGGAUGAUUUUAAUCACACAAUUCCAGGUGACACGUUGGUGAAGGCUGGCAUCGAUCCCUACAAGCUCGAAACAUUUACUCGGGAGCAAGAUUUUCUCCUCAGCAGUGGCAAAUUACAGCUUAUGCUCAGCGAAGCCUUUAGCAAUCUGUCUCGUCUGGAAGAGUUGAUCAUAAGAGACCACAAGAUUCCCAGAAGAAAAGCUCGUAUUGGAAUGUGCGAUCUUCUGGUGAGCUAUGGGUGGUCUUAUAUCUUACGAGAAACGGGAAUAGACUUCACAGGCCCCGAGUUACAUCUCAAUAAUUACGACGAUAGUUUCAUUGACAUAGUCUUUUCUUCGACUAUCCUAGCGUUAGCUCAAAGUCGGCUGCAGAUAAACACUCUGAAGGGGGAUAUAUUUCAUCCCAAUAUUGGUUUAUCCAGCUCGGCCUUCACCAUACCAGAGUUCAUUCAUCAGGACAUUCAUCCUGUGCUAUUCAAUCUUCGCUCCCUGUACCUGGCUGUUAGUUUCGUCCAAGUCCCGCUUGGUAGCUACUCCACCCGUUCAAACAGUUUCUUAAAGUGGGAAAAACACCAAUUGUUCAGUUUCUUAGAGAAGACACCAAAUUUGGACAGUCUGCGGAUCUCGGCGCGGCGGCAAGGGCAUAUCGUGGACGGCAUCAUGGGCUUGCUUGCAAUCUUCCUCGACCCGGCCGAUCCCGCAGCGGAGACUAAUCAUGCUCUUUACCGAGCAGGUAUCCUUAACGAUUCUAGGUUAUUGAUAAUUCCUCCGUUCGAACACCGUUUCCGAGCCCUUAAGGAAUUGGAGAUGUGCAAUAUGACAGUACCAAUUCGAGACAUCUGCAAGAUUUUGGACUGUUUAUCCCCUUCGUUGAGGGUUUUGACCUUGAUUAGAAUAGCACUGAUCGUCCAGGGCGAUGAUGAUGAGAUGGACAACAAUCCUUUCAGACCGAAUGCAUGGAGCUCUUUGUUCUCACGGAUGAACACUUCACUCAAUUUGGAGCAGCUUGCUUUGGCUUCUUUAGAGCAUCAUACGCCGUCGUGUUCGUUGCAAAACGGUCAUUCUGUGGCUUUCUUGCCUUCAAAUAUCGGUAAACAGCGGGGGCCGCCCAAUGGCAUCCUGUAUAGUUGGUCACAUCAGGGGAGUGCCGAUACUAUCAGGGAAUUCCUUGAGGUGUUGCAAGUGAAAACCAUUGUAUUAUGUAGAACUUGCAAGACGAGGAACGCAGGCUACAUGUCUUCUAAUGUUUUAGACAUAGACCGUUAGAUCUAGGUUCAAAAUCUAAAAUAGGCCGUCGUGACGUAU